UGCAGUGGCAGACGGAGCAGCAUGGCAGGGCUUUGCGUACGCUCUGUCCUGGUGACUGGGGCCAACCGGGGAAUUGGCCUGGGGCUUGUCCGGCAGUUCCUGGGAUUAACAAACCCACCUGAGUGGGUCUUUGCGGCUUGUCGGGACCCCAAGGGACAGCGAGCGCAGGAGUUACAGAAUUUGGCCUCCAGGCACCCCAACCUGGUCAUCAUCCCGCUUGAAGUCACCGACCCUGCCAGCAUCAAGGCAGCUGCAGCCAGAGUUGGGGAGCAGCUGGGGGGCUCGGGGCUGAACCUCCUCAUCAACAAUGCUGGAAUUGCAAAGAUGAACUCACUUGAUAACGAGACGCUGGAGAACAUGAUGCAGGUUUACACCACCAACACAGUUGGGCCCCUGCUGCUGAGCCAGGCGUUCCUGCCCUUGCUGAAGAAGGCUGCCCAGGGGAGCCUGGGCUCAGCGCUGAGCUGCAGCAAGGCAGCCAUCAUCAACAUGUCCAGCUCUGGGGGCUCCAUCGCUUUUCCCUAUGGUUGGGAUCUGAUGCAAGUUGUCUCGUACCGCUGCAGCAAGGCUGCUCUGAACAUGCUGACCAAGUGCCAGUCCCUGGGGUACCGGGAGCACUGCAUCCUCUGUGCUGCUCUCCACCCUGGCUGGGUGCAAACCGACAUGGGGAGCUCAGCUGGACACACGCCCCCCGUGACGGUGGACGCCAGCGUGCAAGGGAUGCUGAAGGUGCUCUCCUCCCUCUCCGAGAAGGACACCGGCACCUUCCUGGACUGGGAAGGAAAGGUCGUGCCCUGGUGA